GAACAAUCCAUUCACAUACCCGGACCUGGUCAACCCAUGGUGCUUCCGGGCCUUCUGGAGACUUUGGGUCGAUCCGAAAAGAGCUCUGAGAGGAGGAAAUCGGAAUGGAGCUCUGCCCAGGAGUACAUCGUCGAGAAGAUGGGUGCCGAGAAUCUGCGGAUCACACAGCUGCGCUUGGUGACGGCCUUGCUUUGGACGCUGAUUGCUUGCUGCACCAUCUAUCGGCGCUUCGACUUGCCACAGCUACGCUGGGUGCUCAUGCUGCACCACCUCAUGGCAGCUGUUGGGGUGGAUGAGGCCAUCCUCAUGUCCUUCGCCGCCUCCGAGCCCUUCGCCCUUCGGCUGCUGCGUCCCGGCGCACCGGUCACACCCUGGAUCCCACGACUGCUGCCGCGCAAGCAGACGGUGCUGGGAGCUGGCGUUUAUGCCGGCUGGGUGCUUUUGGCAGCUGUCCAGUUAAUCACGUACCGUGUCGCCGACCAGGACGUUCUCCUCUUCACUGGCAUUUUCCUGCUUGCUUGCAUUUUUGACCGAGGCCUGUUCCACUCCACGAGACCCUCAGACAUCCUCAAGUUCCUGGUGUCUAGCUUGCUUCGACCUGACAGCACUUACAUGCUGCUGGCAUGUUUGUACUUUUGGUCAGGUUUCUACAAGGUCCGUGGAUUCUUCCAUGGCUUCGUGUUUCAGUACCAAUUCCUCAAUUUCUCGGGCGUCUCUUGGCUCUUCCGUCGCUGUUACCUCACCCAGGACUAUCGGCCUCGGCCCUUCAGUCGACUCUUCGGGCAGUUCGGCGCUUGGCUGGAGACCUUUGCCGGUCUCGGCAUGAUGCUGUCAGCUUUACCCCACCCUGGUGUGGUGUUCGUGGUCCUGGCGCUGGCCAUGCACGUGUUCAUUUUCUUCUUUGGCAUGGGCCCUUUCCGCUGGAAUGUCAUGACCUGCUACAUGCUGCUGUGCUCCACGAAGCUUCGAAUGGAGUCAGCCGGAAUGCCAGGUGGCGAGGCGUGGACGUUGCCAUCCGUCUGCUGCGCGCUCUACGUGGGUUUCUUCGGGUGGGUGAUCCCGGGCAUUGGCUGCCUGGACCCAGAGGCCUUGGGGCGCUACUUCGGCGGCUACCGCAUGGCCACCUUCCACUUCGCCGGCAAUGAGAUGUAUCAUGCGCUGCUGGUUUGCAAGGACUACCUCACCAGCCUCGAGCCUUCUGGACCGGCUGGCUCCGUCCGAAAGCUCUUGCUGGAGCGGCGGCAAGACUACCUGCGUCUCAGCGAGGAUCUGGAUCUCUUCACGGCGCUGCUCUACUCGGAUGGCCUGGAUGUGGAGGGAGCCUUGCGGCGCGGUUUCCGAAGGCCCUCGGGGCUUGAAGACUUCGAGGACUUCGAUCGGAAGUACAUGUUUGUGCCCAUCACGUGGUUGAACUGCCGUGGGCCUUUGCUCAACACCAAGUGGGAUGAGUCCUUGCCCAUUACUGAGAGCUUCGUGGAUUUGGUCGGCGAGGCCCUGGGUUUUGAGAGUCGGAUGCCUCGAGGCGCCAUCUUGGUCUUUGUGGCACAUCCCAUGGUCUGGAUGGGCGGCCAGCGGAAGCUCCUGGAGCUCUUUGACCUGACCGACUCCAAGUGGUGUGAGCAUCGCUGGCGGGAAGAGGUGGACCUGCCCUGGACGCAGGUGACGGAGGAGCUGGAGGACAAAAAGAAGCCACUGCUUUGAACUCUGGUCGCCGACCUCAUCCUCACGAUCCUCACAGGUUGACUGACCUGGUCGACCGGAAAAUCGGAGCCGCUCCGGGCCGCGACCGGCCGAAAGCGCGCCGCUCCGCGCGCCGGUGCCACAGCUGCUCAGCCGUCGAUUGGCCGAAGCCCAAUGACUGCCGAACUCGGGGUAGAUAUGAUAUAUGCCAGGUGCAGUGUGACUGUGGCGAAGUGUGAGUUGGCAAAAGAGAGUACAAUGCCGCACAUGUCUUUUGACCAGGGCUAUUCACGACAUGCAUGCAUGACAUGUAUUCAAUCGUUUCUAAAAGGGGGAUUGGCCUGGCUGACCUGGUACAGCAUGUAUGCCCCAUCUACCGUCAGAUGCUUGAUGGUGGUGGAUUGCAGGUGUCUAAACGGACAGCGGGCAGUCCGGCCACCAGGAACAUCUUCCUGGCAAUGGA